AUGGAUUCUUAUGCAGGUGAUCCUUAUGCCUCUAUUUGGCACCUCUGUAAAACCCCUUCCUUCCGACUCCCCCAAUUGCCUCCACUGCCCCACCCCUCCGCCGCCGACCUCCACCGCGUAGAAUACUGUCUCUUUGGCCCUGUUCCUCAACACCUUCUUUCUCUCUAUCUCUGCUUUAACCCAACCCCACCCAAUAGCCCCAAUAACCAACAACAAGGCUGUUCGUCUUCACUUCAAGAUUCGCAAUCGCCCCUCAAUUCCGUGCAAGAUUCUCAACUACCCCUUAGUGAACUUUGCCUUGACAAGAAUGAUCAAGCUACGACUCCUUCCUGUUGCAAAGCGUGUCAUGAAGAAGAUCCACUCCUAUUACAAGGCUAUGUAGACACUUCCAUACUCUGCAUUAAUUUUCAAGAUUCCCUGCCCCCAAUGCCCCGAGAAGAGGAAACGAAUUUGGAGGCUGGAGACCCUUAUGGUGAAAAUUCAAUUUUGUUGGUGGAAGAGCUCAAGGAACUAGCUUUGUGGGAUCAAGAUUCUGUUAUGGAUGAUGAUGAUGUUAGGUACAUGGUUUCUGUCAUGUCCGAAUUUAGGAAACAUGCAUUUGUUUCAGAGGCAACUAUGAAUUCUAGGUAUGAAUUGAUGUCUGAAUUGCUGAAUUCGAAGAAACUGGAAAAAGUUUCUGAGGUAAAAUCAGAUAAAUACUUUACUCGAAGUAUGUUGACUAAUGCCAAUGCCUCUACGGAUAGAUUUACUGAUUUGGAUGAUAAUAAUUCGACUACGAAAAAGAAGUCUAAUGAGAAACGAAAAGAAUCCCAAGUGGAAUCUGAGGCUAAUUUGGUUUCGAAAUUGACUGAUGAAAGUGCCAAUCAUGAAAUCAUUGAUAUAAUAGAGGAUAUGAUUUCACCCCAGGAAAGAACAAGUGCCAAACCUGAGGUUAAUCCACUGGGGAAUCAGAAUAAGAAAACAGUUGGUUGCUUUAGUCAUUGUCACUCAAGUUUUGAGCGCUCCAAAUCCAUAUCUAAGGCAAGGAAGAGAUUGCUAGUGGAUUCAGAUGAGCCUUUGUUGAAAAAACCAAAACAUUCCUUAUGUGCUGAUUGUAGAAUAAGCGUGCUGUAG